AUGGCAUCAUCUUCACAACAAAGUAGGGUUAUUAAUCUCGGGUCAGAAGAUCCAUCACUUCUUUGGUUUCAAAGUAUUCAUGUUUUUGAGCAUAUUUGGGAUGGACGUGAUCACCCGACAUUAAGGGUUAGGAAGAGUCCAAAUAUUCCCGAUGGAUUAGAAGGUGUUCCGGAAGAAAUUAUUCCACAUCUAGAGUUAGCAGGUUUUGUUGGAGUGGCUAACUUGUCUCAGCUUCAUGAUGUUGCUAUUAUCUUAGGAUUACGCAUAGAUGGGAGACCUGUUAUAGCACCCACUGGGGAUGAUUGGGCACAGAUUGUGGAAGACAGCCUAGGUAUGAGACCAGGAUCAGAGUCUUUUGUAGGAAGUUUCUUGAAGAUGAGCUGGUUGGACGAGCACUUCACUCAUAUUGUCAUGCAUAAUCAGACUCCACUGCAGAUUACUCGGUUUGCUAGGGCAUAUAUAUUGAGGCUUAUUGGAGGGUUCAUGCUUCCUGAUCACUCUAGCAGUAGGGUAUCUGUGAGGUACUUGCCUUUACUUGACGAUUUUGAGUUGACCGGUCAAUAUAGUUGGGGUUCUGCAGUUCUAGGUUAUUUGUACCGAGAGCUAUGCAUGGCCACCAACAUUGAUUGUGUUGCUAUUAGAGGACUUGCUGCGUUAAUUGUGAUCUGGGCUUGGGAUAGAUUUCCCCAGAUAGCACCUACCAAUCCUCCCUAUACUCGUCCCUAUCUUCCGUACGGUGUUAGAUGGUUAUCCCGCGGUAUCAGAAAGGGAAAGAAAGAUGUCCAGUACUACAGAUAUAUUUUUGAUCGUCUAACCUGUGAUGAGAUUGUGUGGGUGCCAUACAAUAUAGAACUCAUUAAUAUAUUACCAAUCGUCCAUAGGUAG